ACAAGAGGCCAGCAGCGAGGCCACCGGCCGCCCCCGGGGCGCAGAGUCCGCUCCGGGACGGGAGCGCUUGCUCCUGAGUCCCCCGAACUCCGUGUGCCCAGCCAGCGACCGCGAGGACCCCUCAGCUGCCCGCAGAACCCCGAGAGGGGUGAGAACGGGAGAGGGGCGCGUGCCGUGGGAAGCUGGCUCCGGGGCCCUCGGCAUUUCUGACUGCCUCGCGCAACGAAGGAGGGAAGGUGAAGGGAGCGCUUUUGGUGCAGGGUCGAGAGCACCCCGGCGGGCUGUAGGUGCCAACAAUGACCGAGUCUCGCCGUGUCAGGUGGAACAGCAAAUAAGGGCUCCACGAACUCUGCCGCCGGAGCCAAGCCCCACCGUCCGAUCGCUCCGCGGGAGACCUUCGCUGCGGCUUCCGCCACACUCAGCAUGGCGGAGGGUGAGCGCGUCACUUCCGUCCGGGACCGGAAGUGCGGGGUCCCACAAGGAUGGCGGCAGCGAAGGUGAAGCAGGACAUGCCCCCGCCGGGGGGCUACGGCCCCAUCGACUACAAACGGAACCUGCCGCGCCGAGGACUGUCGGGCUACAGCAUGUUUGCCCUGGGCAUCGGGACCUUGCUGUACGGGUACUGGAGCAUGAUGAAGUGGAACCGUGAGCGCAGGCGUCUGCAGAUCGAAGAGAUGGAGGCCCGCAUCGCGAUGAUGCCGCUGUUGCAGGCCGAGCGGGACCGCAGGGUCCUGCAGAUGCUGCGCGAGAACCUGGAGGAGGAGGCCGUCAUCAUGAAGGACGUGCCGGGCUGGAAGGUGGGCGAGUCGACGUUCCACACCACGCGCUGGGUGCCCCCGAUCGUCGGCGAGCUGUACGGGCUGCGCACGCCGGAGGAGGUCUUCAACGCCAGCUUCGGCUUCAUGUGGUUCUCGUCGUAGGGCGCCCGCUCGGGGAAUAAACGCGCGUGCCCACCCA